CAGACGGAAGUUAACUUAUUUUGCGCCUCUCUUCGCGCAGCCAGCUCUGCUUCGGAACCGCGCCGCUCCUUCAUCCUCCACCAUCUCCUCCUGACUCCAUCCACUCGGGAUAUUAUCCUCCCCGUUUAGUGUUUUUUUUCCUCCUGGGGACUCUGGAUCAACAAGCGAUCGUUUAGUUCGUCUGUGCGCCCUCAAUGAUGCAGCCGCGCCGUCGCUGUGGAGGGAGAAGCUGCUGCGCUUAGAAUAAACCCGGCCGGAGACGCGCAGAUCUUCAGCGUCGGGGAGAGCAAGAGAACCUUCAUCCUCGCGUUUUGAGCUUUCAUCUUAUCCCCCUUCUUCCCUUUCGGACUGACGGCUAAGGAACGGCAAAUGGAGGCCAGAGGAAAGUACGACUUUUCUGCAACGGCGGACGACGAGCUCAGCUUCAAAAAGGGCGACAUACUGAAGAUAAUAAACCAAGAGGACGACUGGUGUAAGGCUGAGAUGAAUGGACAGGAAGGAUAUAUACCCAAAAACUACAUCGAGCUGCACACCCCAGACUGGUUUAAGGAGGACGCCAGCCGCAGCCAGGCGGAGGAGCUGCUGAGGAACAAAUCGGUGGGAGACUUUGUGAUCCGAGGAUGCCAGAGUUCCCCGGGAGACUUCUCCAUCUCUGUCAAGCACGAGAACGACGUCCAGCACUUCAAAGUGAUGAGGGACAAUAAGGGCCAGUACUUCCUGUGGUCGGAGAAGUUCACCUCGCUGAACAAACUGGUGGAGUUCUAUAAAACCACCUCCAUCUCUAAAACCAGAAUGAUCUGCCUGAACGACGGCACCCUGGACAGCCGUAACGCCCCCGGCCCCCAGGGAAAGAGGGGAAGUUUGCCUGAGCAUCGUAACGCAGCUGCAGCCGUCGCCGCGUCGCCUCGCAGGGCCUCAGAUCAACCUUACAACCACAUGGUUAAAAAGCCUGGCUUUGAGGAGCGAGCGCACACCAUUGGACACACAGGCAGAAGCAGCCCCAUCAGCAACGCUUGUCCUCCUCGCCGCACCUCUGAGACCAUGCCGCUACCUUCGCGACCGUCGGCGGUUCAGGUGAGGGCGCUGUACGACUUCACCGCCGAGGAAGACGACGAGCUGGGAUUCUGUGCCGGCGACGUCAUCGACGUGCUGGAUCGCUCGGAUCAGUCCUGGUGGAGAGGGAGGCUGCGGGGGCAGAGCGGCUUGUUUCCUGCAAACUACACCGUGUUGAUUUGAGGAAAGACGGCGCGUGUGGGCGCGGCUGCACGCCACCUGCAGGCGCGUUGGGCGUUCCUGACGGCGAACGCCCAGCAGGAUUCUGCUCUGCGCCGCAGUGGACUGUCAGUUUGUAGGUACAUCGCCAAUCAGCGCGGCUUGUUCGGGUUUCACUGAACAUUUUACUCCUCGGUGCUGGGAGACACACCCGCAGGAUGUUUUCUAAAGAGAAAGUGCUGCAGAUCCCACCGAGGAAUGUGUUUUUUUGUUUGUUUUAACCAUUUGUAUUAUCACAUGUGGCAGCAGGUAUUUAUUUGAUGAAUGCUUGUUGGCUCAAAGCCUGGUCAAUCAAGUCUGUCUGCUCAUGUUUUACAGUAGAAGUAAGUAAAUGUAUUUCUUUGUCUCCUUGUUUUUAAACUGGAUGUUAGAUAAUUACUCAGUAGAUUCAAUUAAAACAAGUUGGUUUGUGGCAUUCAGCUCCUGAUAUCUCUGCAUGAACUUCUGCCUCAUCUUUUCUGCCUUGUCGAGCUGCAAACGUUAAGCAAAAACAUUAAAAGCAAUAGUUGGUGUUCAAAAUAAAAGCUGCACAGGUUGAAGACUUUCCUACUGAACUCAUUUGUUCUUGUGCUACUUCACAGUUUACAAUCGCCUCACUUCAAUAAAGAAAUACAGAAAAAAGA